AUAUUAAAGACAUUUAACAUUUGUAAUGCUUUAACAUGGCAUCAGAUAUUACAACUCAAUUGUUCUUGCUAUAUAUCUUGAAGUAAUUAAUGUGAAACUGGCUACAAAACAUGUUGAAGUAGUUUUCAUGUGACUAUUUCAGGAUUUGCUUUCCCCAAAAUGGCGGUGUGUCAGUGAAUUUAACUACAAAACAUCUUGGAAUGGUUGUCAUGUGACUAUCCCCGGACAUGGUUUCCACAAAAUGGCGCAGUGUCAGAAAUAAACUCCCUCUUCUGGUUGGCGAAGAAAUUGCAGCCUCCCACCUCGUCUAUUUACCAAAAGAACACAACGCAGAGUUCAAUUUCAGCCAUGUCAGUGCAGACCGGCUACACCAGUACAUGGUUUCCCCAAAAUGGCGGUGUGACAGUGACUUUGGCAACAAAACAUCUUGUAAUGGUCAUGUAAUUGUCAUGUGACUAUCCCAGGACAUGGUUUCCCCAAAAUGGCGGUGUGUCAGGGAAUUUAGCUACAAAACAUCUUGGAGUGGUUGUCAUGUGACUAUCCCAGGACAUGGUUUCCCUAAAAUGGCGGUGUGUCAGGUAAACUUGCUCAUUUUCAACAGAUUAUUUUGUUUCCAUUAACAAUUUUAAUGCUUUAAAAGAAUGCCAAAUAUUGCAAUUCACAAAAAAACUGUAUAUGGCACCCCCAAAAUAUCCUGUCAGAUAAACUAGCUUGAGAUUUCUAAGGGCAUUUUAAAAAAUUUAACCAAAAAAAAAAAUGUUUGGGUCCUCAAUUUAAAGUAUAAUACUGUCUUAGCCUUAAUUCACGUGCUGAAAACUACAUCAAAAUGUGUAAUAUAGCAUCAUUGUUUCUCUGCAAAUAAAUACAAUAGAGUGCAGUAUGCUACGGAGCAGGAAGGCCGCCAUGAUGGCGAGGACGAGAGGUAGGCGGGGCUCAUACAAUGUAUUCACUAGCACGUAGUGUAAAAUAAAGUCAUGCACUGUGUGUGCAUUGUGAUGAAAUGAAUGAAUGUUAGUUACUGAACAGGAUAUAAGUAUAAAUGUGUAAAAAUGCGAUCCAAAAUGCAUUGUUGUAUGCAUGAGUGAGUCAAACAAUGAAAAAGUAUAAGCAUAUGUGUUUACAAAGUACAAGGAAGAAGAGGAACGCCGAACCACAGUGUAUAUAAUAUAAUUUAUUCUUAACAUUAUUACUAAAUAAGACAUUACCGUCUAUUACAUUACAGACUCAUUUUGUUGUUGUUUUUUUUUUGGAUGAGUGUGAAAGUAUGUGAUAGCGGGUCACAGCAUAUUCGUGCUUGUCUGUCUGCGUUUGGGCGUGUGAGAAAGUGAUCAUGUGUGAAGAGAAAAACAGACUAGGAUUGUGUCAUGUCCUACUGCACACGCACUGGCCCCGCGUCUUGUUGACCCAGUUGGUGCUCUUUGACUAAUCCCUGGUGAUUUCUGCGGGUGGUCCGGGAGGAGCUCUCCUCCAGUUUCCUGCACAUUUAAAUAUCAGAUGGCAAAGGCGGUGCUAAGGAACUUCCAAGGGAUUUGACUGAUUGGCCUGCCAACUCAACAUGCAACACUUGGCACACGUCACAGCUAGAACCCGACCGAUGUGGGAUUUAAUUACCGCCGUUAACGUACUAUUUUUGACAGCUUUAAUUUGAAUAUGUUUUGACUAAUGGACCAUAGUGAUCAUUUAUUAAUUCAUUCAUUCUUGAAAGACAGAGAUAAUAGAACCGCGAUAUUGCGAGAGAAUAGUUGGCUUUAAUCUCAUAAGAUUAUAGCUGUUCUUUCCAUUUUUUUUCAAUUUUCCAACAAUUAAAACUAUUUCACUUUCUUAAUUAUUACGUUAGUCCUCAUAUUUUGACUUUAACGUUGAUUCAACUCAACUUAAUUCUCUAAAAAUUGCUAAUUUAUUCAUUGAUUGAUGUUUCGUAAUAUUACCACUUUAAAAAUGAUGUAUUUUUUCUUUAAUAUUUCAACUUUAUGCUGCUAAAAUUAUGUUAUUUUUCCUCAUAUGACAACAUUAUUCUAGUAAAAUUGAGACUUUUUCUCAUAAGAGUGCAACUUUUUAUCUUUUUCUUCAUUUUACAAUUACAAUUUUUUUUACUAUUUUGUUUUUACAAUUACAAAUUUUUACUAUUACUAUUAUUAAUAUUACUACUGAUUUUUUUUCAAUUUUUAUUGUAUUUUUUGUGUUUCUGUUUAAUUAUAUUUUUAGAAUAGGCCAUGGGCCAAUACAAAAAAACCAACAGCUGCAGGCCACAAAUGGCCCCCGGUCCUCACUUUGGACACCCCUGGUCUAUACAGUUUGUGUCUAGUGUUUGGCUGGCGACCGGUCAAGGGCGUAACCCGCCUCUCCCCCAAAGUCAACUGGGAUGGAGUGAUGGACUCCAACUCAUCCGUGACUCUAAUGAGGAUAAGCAGUAUAGAAAAUGGAUGGAUGGAUGUUUGGAUGCAAUUUCUCCUUGUGGUUUAUGGCUCUUGUAACUUGCUUGUUCACGCUGACACACCAGCAGAUAUCAUAACAGAGCUGUUUUUUUUAUAUAACAGUCCAAAUACAAUAUGAAUUUUCAUUUUACAUGCGUGGAAAAUGAGAGCAGCACUAAUCCAAAGUUGCCGUAGUUGAUGUUUUACACCGGACAAGCUGCUUUGUUUGACUAAGACUUGACAGUGAGGACACAGCGGGAGGGGGGGGCGUUGAGCUAAAGCGUCAAAUAUCAGGGACAGGAUUACUUUUCUGUCAAAUGUCUCUGUCGUACAUGCACGGCGGUGAGAUAGACAACUCAAAACACAGAUCAGUGUCCCUGGGCCCUCGUCCUUCCUCCACCCAUCCACCACCAGCCGUUCCCACAAGGCCGUUAACAUCCUAUUGACCUGCUCGCUCAUUAUCAGGUCAGCUUGGAACACACGCACACACACUCACACAUCAGUAUUUUGGUCCGCUUCUGAUCUGCAAACCAUCCCCUCCAAGCCACAGUAGGACGUUGUGUUGUCUCUGUGUUGUUGUCUUUCCACCAAAUCAUUCACUAGGAGCGCGCGGCGCCCAUCGGUGCGUCUCGUCCACAGAUGCUGCCCGAUCCCUGGGGAUGGCCUCGGCUUCCCAGCGUCCCCCCGCUGACUGUCAGUAAACGUGUUGACAUAGAUGUAGUGUGGCUACUAAUGAGCUGCCAAGCAACAACAACUGUCAGCUCCUUAAGUCUCGUCAGUAUUUGACAAAGGAACAUUUGAGCUCAUUACGCUUUUACUCGUAAGAAGCGUAACAAUAGAUUCAUGUAAAGCACAAUAUUUUAUUCCUUUGAAGGCCGAAUCGCCAUCCUUGAAUACAUCUGGCAGACGUUAGAAUGCGGCGUGGACAUUUGCGGUAAUUGAAAUUCACGACAAGUGUGAAGCUGUGUGAUCUUCGUGUAGGCACAAAAGCACGCCUGAUGUUUUACGGCCAUCCAAGCCCGUGAUUAUUUCAACGCGGCGGUUUUGACACGGGCAUACGUGUGCGUGCAGGCAGCCUUGUGUUUGUUUGUGUCGCACAAAAAAAACAGAUUAGCGAAAACACGGAGGUAAAAUAAGCAGCCUGACCUUGCUUUGAAACUGAAAGGCAAUCCUCGGAAUGAUCCGCGGGUCAGUGGCUUUGUCCUUCAGACAGUUAAAGUCUAUCCUUCUCAUCCCCCACCUGUCUACUAUUUAUUCCUCUAGCCCUCACGCCGGCUUUCUGCACCACUUACAUUCAUGUCAUACCUAAUGUAACUCUUAUUCUCCUAACGUUGUGUACUCACACUAGGACAAUGGUGUUGUGCUUGGGCCCACUUCACAACUUCAAUCUGGCACCGUUGGCCAGUGGGGGAGUGCUUUAAUCCACGCUGAAGUUCAGUACACUUCCCUUCCUCUGGAGGGCAGUGCUGGCCCUGAGCAAUCUGCUGCCCUCGACCAGACUGUAGCUGGUGCUCCCUGACAUGCUCGAGCCCAGCCGAGCUUUUCUCAGACGUUUCCCCGUCAGCGUGUGCCCUGCCCCUGCAAGAACAUGGCCGCUGUCAAGGCACAGUCACGUUAAGAAGGGCAGAUAAACUGGGCCCCGAAUCAAGAGGCAGAGGUCUGUGCUCUAAAGAGGGCCUUUCUCGUUCCCUGUAUGGCCUUGGUGUUUGAUCUUGUCAUGACUGGAUUUCACGUUGGCUGACCUUGGGAAGCUUUCUCCUGACGAUGUCAAGCUCGGCCGCGUGUAAUAGCAACAAGAAAACCAAACAUGUCUGUAUGGACCAGGUACUGGAGGUGGACACACAGCUUUGAAGGUACAGCAGAAAGUCCGACCCUGUUCCUCGUUCUUUCACCUCACGCUGGAACUCAGGACAUCUGUGGAGGAAAAACACUUGUCAGAAUGAGCGUGAGUGCAAGUGCGCCAAAGAAAAGGAAAGCUGAUACCGUGGGGGUGAACAUGAACAAAGAUGGCUCCACAGAGAGCAUAUAUGAACCUCCCAACAGUCCAUCAGUGAAGGAUGUGCUACCCAAGCACCAGGGUAGUCCUCUUCUUAGACGUCGACCUCAAUGGACUUGCUCAGAGACUAACAUUACUGAUAGUGGUAAAAGUGGAGACGACAAAGAAGAACAGAUGCCUUCAACAGCAGGAAGGCUAAAGUCUUUACACACUUGGCUGCAAGCAAAAAACGGACAUCGGAAUGUUCCCGGAAAAGGAAAGAACCAGUCUGCUAGGAACUUGACAGACGUGUUAAGCACCAGCCAACCGGUGUUGACCUGCAUCGGCCUUGGCAAGAGGACAGAGAGGAAGUCCUCUCCAAGUGACGAGCAGACACAAAGUCAACAAGAAGUCAAAAGCCAACAUGAAGACGUAACAAAGGACAACGUUUGGACCCCGAUCGACUGUUCUCGACCUUGGGCGCCCUUCCACCACACUUGCCGCCAGCCCGGUCGUGACUUGUGGGUCUGCACUGGCAACUUGUUGCCUCCUCGGGCAACAGAAUGGGAUCGUUUCGAGAGUUUGAUUCGAGAACUGGACAGAAAAGAAUCUCAUCUUUCUUCUAGCGAAAUGACCGACCAAACCACAGAAGUCAAAUUGACCAAAUCUGGAACAUCGGGCACCCCCACGGAGUUGACCCCAGUCAUGAAACUCCAAUAUGAUACAGGAUCUUCGCUGAAACCCAAUGGGCUUCCUCCCAAACUGGGACAGAAGGAGGACGUACCAGAAGCUGAACCAACGCCCACUGAGAUGCCAGUCGACCAAAAAGAUAUCGACGACAAAUCAACAGAAGCAGAAGAGAAGCGAGAGUUUGGUGUCAGGAAGAAAGUCGUGAAAGGACACAAGCUGUCCAGCACAUCGCUGGAAAGCCUCUACAGCCUCAACAGCAGACAGAGCUCCUCAAGCGGCGUCACCAGCGGGUCGUUCUGUUCCAGUAACCGAGACAGUCUGAGGCUAGAGGACGAGGUCUUGUCCACGAGGCAGUUCUGUGGGCGAGCGAGGGUCCAUACGGAGUUUGUGCCAAGUCCGUAUGACACCGAAUCCCUCCAACUUAAGGUUGGAGACAUGAUUGACAUCAUCCACAAGCCCCCCAUGGGAAUUUGGACCGGAAUGUUGAACAACAAAAUCGGCAACUUCAAGUUCAUCUACGUGGAUUUAACAGAGGCGGGCCCCGAGACGCACAAGGAGGCGCAGAACCCCGUUUCAAGACAGAGAUCUACAUCCACCGUCCGUGAAGUGUUGAAGCGCCUCAGCUUGGAGGAAUAUUCAACGUCUCUUCAGCAGAACGGUUACCAGACGGUGGACGACUUGAUGAGGUUGAGGGAGCAACACCUGACGAAGAUGAACGUCUCCGACCCAGAACACAGGCGUCACCUGCUGGCCGCCGUCGAGUCCUUGCGACAACUCUGCUCUAAUUGUCACUUGGAGAAGGAGUCCAAUGAAGAGGCCGAGACCCCCUCCCCCUCCCCCACCCCCGGUGAAAACAUGAAGGCAGACAUGAUGAACUGCCCUCGAGACUCGGGCUGCCACCAGCCAUCUGACAACGAGGUCACAGACCAUCUUUCUCCUGGACACCUUCAACCUGCUGAGAUGACGGCUUCAUGACGCGAUGUGGCGGAUGACUUUUUCAACUUAAACAACGCUCAUGUUGAGCUUUGACUAUUCUGACUAUAUUAGACCCCCCAGCCCCCUCGCCGCCGCCCCACCCCCCAGCUUUUGGCAAAAGUCAUUGAUACGGACAUAAAAAUGGCCGUUUUUGCCACAAGGCUCACACCUCCAGGUUCUCCUGCUAGAUUGAGGUUCUCCCCUCGAAUUUCAGCUCAACAGUUGCAAUAAAAGUGACUGUUGGAAUUAUUAAUAUGAAAUGUAUAGGUAUAAUAUAUAGCCACUAAUUAAUAAUAAUAAUAAAAAGAUGUCACGGUGUAGCCUUUAGCCUGGUCGUCAGGCCUGCAGGCUAAAUCAUCCUCAUCCUCAUCCUCAUUUUAGCAUCUCCUAGCACACAACUAUGGUGCGUUCAAGGACCACAGAACAAACUGUAGACAUAAACAUGUCAAAAACUUUUGGGCUAUUUUACCUGUGUUAUCGCAUAUUUAUGAAUUAUUACCGACUUAUGGUAAAUGAAAUGUGUUUUCUGUGAAAAAGGAAAAAUAUUUUCAGAGAAAACAAAUAAUUUACCCAAAAAUCUUAAUGAAAUAAUAAAUGUUGGCUUCCAUUCAAAGCAAAUGAAUCCAAUUGCAACAAUGGAGUUUAUGGAAAAUGAAAACGAAAACAUGAGCUUUUUUCGAGGAUUUCUGCUGCUUUUCUGGUCUUUUGAUCCUUGGAUGCAUGCUAGAAUUCCAGGGGGCGGAGCUACCUGUGCACACCUGAUUGCACUCAGCAACCAGGCCUUUAUAAGCCGUGUGGGUUUGAUUCCUUUGUCUUCACCGUGGUUGUUACCUGUGUGUGUGUCAUUGUGAUAAUUAGUACUGUUCCGUUUUUUUCGCUUGUAUUGUAUUUACCUCGUACCCGUGCUAUUUUGGUUAUCUGCCCCCCCACCCAUGCAAAAGAACCUGCGCAAGUCUCCUCAUGAUUUAUUUUUAUUAUUUCAAAUGCUUUAUAUUGUCAUAUUUCAACGCUGCUACUUAUAUUGGUUUAUAUUGUCAUAUUUCAACGCUGCUGCUAAAAUGACAUUUUAUUCUCCUAAAAUUGGGAUCUUUUCAUCUGCCCCCCCAACCCACCCAUGCAAAAGAACCUGCAAAAGUCUUUUAAUGAUUUAUUUUUAUUAUUUAAAAUGCAAUUCUUUAUCGCCAUUCUGAAUGGAAAGUAUGCAAAAGAAGUCAAAAAAUGGUGGGAACUUCGCUCUUUGCUCUUUUUCUCCCAUUUUUCCUUCUUUUUUUAAUUUUCAUUUUCCAAAUAUUUCAACUUGCUUCUUAAAUAAAAUCUUUGUCAAUUUUAUUUUCGGAUUAUCAUGACUUUAUUUCCAUAAUAUUUUGACUUUAUGUCCAACUUUUUCCCCCAACCAAAUUUUCUAAAAUUUACAACUUUAUUUUGUUUAUUUUGUCAUAUUUGUUUAUAUUGUCACAUUUCAAUGCUGCUACUAAAAUUACAUUUUAUUCUCCUAAAAUUGGGAUCUUAUUAUCUGCCCCCCCCCCCACCGAUGCAAAAGAACCUAAUAAUAUACCCCAAUUUUCAUACUAGCUUGGCAUUAUUGCCAUAAUAUUAUAACAUUUUCAUUAACAUUUUAUUUUUAGAAUAUUAUGACUUUAUUUCCAUAAUAUUUUGACUUUAUGUCCAAUUUUUCCCCCAGUCAAUUUUUCCAAAAUGUACAACUUUAUUUUGUUUUUUUUUGUUUCUCAUAUUACAACUUUUUAAAAUGUCAUAUUUCAAUGCUGCUACUAAAAUGACAUUAUUUUAGUUUAUUCUCCUAAAAUUGGGACCUGUUUUUUCUCUUAAUAUUUUGCUUUUAUGACCAUAAAAUGACAGAUUUUUUUUCCAUUUCUGCUGUUUGUUUUUAAAUUUUCCAACUAUUUCAACUUUUUUUCUUGUAAAUGAUAUUUAUGUAAUAUUAUACCCCGAUUCUCAUAAUAGUUUGGCAUACUUGCCGUAAUAUUAUAACAUUUUCAUUAACAUUUUAUUUUCAGAAUAUCAUGACUUUAUUUCCAUAAUAUUUUGACUUUAUGCCCA